AGAAUUGUGCGUGCAUCGUGCACGUUGUUGUAGAGGAGGAGGAGGGGGUCGCAUGUGUGUUGGUGCAUCGAACUCCGUGCUGCUACGUUGCAGCUAGUGCGACCAGGGCAUCGUGCGCGUAAACACAAGCUCUCUUUUUCUCUCUUACUCUUUACAUCUCUCUUUCGCUGUCUCUAUCUCUCACUCGCUUCUUUCAAAGUCUCUCUCAAAAAAUAAAGAAUGGCGACCGAAGACACGAGCAGCAGCGAAAAGACAACCACCGACAAGGUGGAGCCUUCUACUACUACCGCUACUACAACUGUUGCAGCUGCGACUGGCAUUGCGUGCACAUCUUCGUCGACAAAAGAGAGUAACCUUGUGGAACAAGCAGCAGCAAAUAGUAGCCUUGAUUUCAAGAGUCGUAGCAUCGAGCAGGUUGUACUGCCUCUCGUGUCGAAGAUCUCGAAGUUGGUGUCGCACAGAGACAGGCCGUUUCGAUGCGAAAGAAAUCCGGGAAUGUUGGCGCGGGUAGGUCAGGGUGUAAACCUUGCUGUCGAGAGGUUUGUCACCGUAGCCGAAACAAUUGCAGAUGAUAAUUUGGAUGUGAAAGCCGACAUGUACGAAGCGUGCAAAGAAGCGAGGGUCGCUGGCACAGCUAUUGAAAAGUUAUGCGAGUGUGCAAUGGAGGAGUGUCUGACGGAUCGGGAGGCAGUGGUAAGGGCAGCCAAAUGCCUGCUAGGCGCAGUCACGCGAGUUUUACUACUAGCAGAUAUAACGGUGGUGAAACAACUACUCAUGGCCAAGGACAAGGUAGCACGCAGUUUGGGUAGACUCGAGAGUGUAUCCAACUUCACCGAAUUCGUCAAGGCAUUCAGUCAAUUCGGAGCCGAGAUGGUCGAAUUGGCUCACAUGACGGGUGAUCGACAGAACGACUUGAAAGACGAAAGGCGGCGGGCACAAAUGGCAGCAGCGCGUCAAGUACUAGAGCGUAGUACGAUGAUGUUACUGACAUCGAGCAAGGCAUGUUUAAGGCACCCAGACUGCGCGACAGCCAAGGAGAAUCGUGAUACCGUAUUCUGUCAGAUGAGGCGAGCCAUGGAUCUCAUUCAUUACGUCGUCAAGGACGGUGUACUUGACUGUAGCGGAUCCGAUUACUUGAAUUCGCAAAGCCCCCAACAGGAGGACUGGGAUAGCAGCACGGUGUUCUCAGCACUGAAGCAGUUCGAGCGUCUAGUAGAAUCGACUCGAGUGACAUUGCUAAGUGCCGGUUGCCGUGAGACACUGACAUCGGCGCUGGACGUCGUUGUCGAACGUACCCAAGACUUCACCGACAGUGCUUACACGAGUCACGAGCAUCGCGAGAACAUACUUCUACUCUGCGACAGAGCUAAACUCGAACUCAAUACACUGCUGCGCAUUGGCAAUAGUAUGAACUUUGACUCGAGUACGGGAGCGUCCCCGAAUUCCGAGUUGGAUCAAGCGGUUCUUGGUGUUCUGCGAGCAACGCGUGAUCUUAGACAUCAGUUAUGUCAAACGACGAUGGAGCAAGCUGGCGACUUAAAUCAAGUGACCAAAGCUGGUCAAGAACUAGUCUCGACUAUUCGUAAUUUCGCGCUGACCAGUGACAUGGAGAGGCUACAGGAGUGCAGCGAUCGCUUUCACGAAUACAUCGAGCACAUACUCGAAGUUUGCAAAUUAUUGAGGCACAUCGCACUCACAGAGUCUUUGCAAGUAUCCGCAAAAUUCACAGAAAUUAAUCUCCGGAUAUAUGGACCUCAAGUCGUCACAGCUGCGCACACGUUGUCGAGGCACCCCACGAGUAAAAUUGCCAUUGAAAAUCUCGAAGUAUUUGCAGAUAUGUGGCAAUGGUUAAUGUCGGACGUGACGACGGUGGCAAAAGACGUUCUCGAGUUAUGUCAGAAUCGACCUGAAAAGCAAGUAUACAUGUCUCUCCCGCGACCAGGGAAGCACGGUACAACAAGCAAACCUUUGAAACCAGUAAGAUUAGAUAGCGAGGAGCAGGCGAAAAUUGCCAAAGCCGGCCUCGAGAUGAAACGCAUAACUUCGGAGAUGGAAGCCGAGACGGAAAAAUGGCAAGAGAACGGUAGCGCAUUGGAGGAGAACAACGAUAUCGUUAAAAGAGCGAAAAAUAUGUCUUCGAUGGCGUUCUCCAUGUAUCAAUUUACGCGUGGCGAGGGCGCGCUCAAGACAACCCAAGAUUUGUUCACCCAAGCCGAAUACUUCGCCGAGGAGGCAAACAGAUUGUACAAAGUUGUGAGACAAUUCAGCUAUCAGGUGCCGGGUGGGCCACACAAAAAAGAACUGCUGGAAAAUCUGGAUCGCGUGCCGACGUAUGUCCAGCAGCUGCAGUUCACCGUGAAAAAUCCCACCGUCGGAAAAGCAGCCACAUUCAUCAAGGUCGACAAUGUUAUACAAGAGACGAAAAAUCUCAUGAACGUUAUAUCGAAAGUUGUGACCACGUGCUUCGUCUGCGCCACAAAGUACAACCUGGAUUUCCGAGGUCUGUCGGCGCGCGGGGCCGGCGGCUUGCCGUACCGGGGCGGAGACGGCGUGGGUGCCGACGGCGAUGGAAGCGGCGCGGGUGGCGACGGCAGCAAGGCGGGCUCCGCUCCCGGCAGCGAUCCGUCUGUCUGACAGUUCGGGAUGGCCCGACGGGCCAAGGGGGACGCUCGCCGCACGCGGGUUUCCUUUUUACUCUUCUAGGCUUCUAUAAUCAAAUGCUUGCCCAUAACUUUUUUCUUCGAUUUUUUUCGACGGGCAAACGAACUUUUUCCUAUCUCUUUCAUUUUCACGCUGUUGUUGAAAAGGCCGUUACUGAAACUAGAACCAUACGAACACCCACGUCCAACGUUUUAUGUCUGUUUCACUUUGUUUUACACGGCUGCGUGUGAAAAUCGAGGUACGAAAAUGUUAGCCUCAGAAGGAGACCUGUUGGGCGGCAGCAGGGCGGUCAGGGACGUACUUUGUGGCAAUGGUGAAGCUUUAAGAUGACGUGUGACGUGAUAAUUUACCGGUUGAACAUUAUUUUUUCCUUGUUUUUUUUCGGCUGUCGUCAUCACGACAUCUACUGUCGAACACCCGACGAUUCAACUUCAACGGUAUACCAUUAUAUUUUUGUACAAUUUUUUCCAUUAACGUUGAUAACGAUAUGACGUUGUUACUGCAAACAUUGAAGAGUUGCGGAAUCUAUGUUUCGAGAUACUGUGAACUGGAUCUAGGGUGUUCGUCGCAUUGAUGAAAAAAAUGACUUUUUUUAUAAAUAAAUCGUGCCACGAGAUGUAUUCUCUUCCAGUGAUGUACAGUUUCUAGUAUAGCAUGUAAGUUUAACAGACGCGAGAGAACACAAUAAACAAUCACUCUGUGAGAUCAUUCCAACAAUCUUUUCAAAUGAUCGUUUUUUUCGUUUUCUCGGUCAUUGUUUAGUAAAAAUACAAUCGAGCUUCUUUCGUGCGUCAAAGUCUUUGUAGUUUGUAUAUAUUUAAUUGUACGCAAUCGAGAAUAACGUUGACAGAGCAUUUUUUCUACAUUUCGUCAAAAUAAAUAUAUAUAGAUACGAUGUAUAUGUGUAUACACGUAUGAUAGGCUGCUGAGCCUUAAAUAAAUUCCAUAUAUAUGUAGAAUAUAAUUUUUAAAACAAAUGACGUCAUUGCUAUAAAAAGCUAAAAAUAUAACAAAAAAGACAAAACAGUGAACUGACUAAUCAUUAACGAAUUAAUAAAUAAAAUAAAAAAAGGAAAAGAGAAAAGAAGAACUUAAAGUUCGAAAAUCUUGACAUUUAGAGGCAUUUAACACUCGCAGAUGUUUUUUCCAAUUCUGAUUGUUAUAUAACGAUAUCAUAAAUGCGUAUUAUAAAUUGCGUUGAUGUGUCCUCAUUCUUUCGUUGUUUCCUCGCACUAUAUACUUGUAUUACACAGGGUCGGCACAAAACAAAAAUUAUACGAUUUUUCUUUAGUCUAAUAUUAUUAAUUAUUGUUAAAAUAACGAAUUAUUAGUUUUCCAAAGGAACGUACUCAUUUUCAAUACGCUUAAUCUCUAUAUUACAAUAUUAACGAGUGCGAAUCUUCUUGUAAACAUAUGAAAAACUUAUUGCUUUUUCAAAUACUACUUGAAUAAUUUUGUAAAUCAUACAUCUAAUACACCAAUUUAUGAAACCACUGUGACAAUUGAUUUUUAAUGCAUUGAUCUUCUUGAAUAAAAGUUCCUAGAUAUACGUCAUUCUUCAAAUAAUAGACAAUGUUGAUGUCUUAUUCAUGCUUAUAAUAUUGUAUAUACUCUGUAAUAUAUCUUUGUCUUCGAUUUAGAAUUCAAGUGACAUUUUGUUUUCGUUAUAACAUAUAACAUUAUACAUGUGUGUGAAAGCACAAAUAUUUUGGAAAUUCAAAUAAGUCACUUUACGUACGAAUGAAAUUACUUGAAUAUAUAUUUCGUUAAAAUGUAAGUUAUUUGUCAAUUUGGUGCUUUCAUCUUAAUAAUUAAUAACUAGAGGAGAUAUAAAACUUUACUAGUAUUUUAUAUCCGUUCAAUACUUUUAAUAGUUUAUCUCCUCAGCUUAAUAAACUUUAUUCAAAACUACUUCUAGUUUGUAAAUAAUAUAAAUCUUAGUAUAGAGACAAUGAUAUACCUCUCUCAUGUGCUAUAAUUGAAUUAAAUCUAUUGAAUUCUGUUAUCAAAAAGUAAUCUAUUAACAAAUAUUAUUAAUAAUUAAGAUACUUGUACAGAAUCGGCAUCAUGUCAACCAUCAACAUAAUUGCUUUUAAACUAUUUUUUCUAUAUUCUAUUUCUAUCAUUCUGCUUAAAAUAUUCCUCAUAUAAUCGUAUAUCAUAAUUAAUGAUUCCAUCUAAAGCUUCGACCAGGGUUCACUUUCGUAUAUUACGUUCUAAUUAAAUAAAAUAAAAAAAGAAAGUAUUUGUCAAAUUACAAGACUUAUUUUAUAGAGUUAGUACAUUUUUAAAUGAAUGAACAUUUAGAUAACCGUAAAAAUUUUUUAAAAACGAUCUACUUAGCGAACGCACAUAUUUAUUCAAGACACAAUGGAAAAUGAUGUUGGUAAAGUCGAUAAAUAAAAUAAACGUUGAUACACGAUUAUUCUAUAAACGUAAAUGUACAAAUUGGAAAUAGAUAGAAAUUACAAAUCGUAAUUUACCGUGAUAUAGGUGGACUGCAAAUUAGAUUAAAGAUUUUGUGCCUGCCAUUAUUCUUAGAAUAGUAUGAAAUGAAUUCUUUGAUUAAAUGUUUCAUCACUUGAUUGUUAUAAUCAUUAAUGAAAUCUUCUAAACAAUACUUGCAAAAAAAAAUAAUGUAGUUGUGUCAUCUUUCAAAAAUAGAAAAAAAUACUAAAGAACAAAAUACACAACGAAUGGAGCUUAAAACUUUUGAAAGUAUUGAAAUUCUAUUCGGAAUAAAUAAAAAACAAGGAAUCAUGAUAAUUAUUUCAAAAAUUUCAUUUGAGUACAAAAAAUUAUAAAAUCUGAUAAGUCGAUGACAAUCUUCUACAUAUAAUUAAUUAUUUUAUAAAAACAAUUAAUGCACGUAAAAUCAUAACUACCCAUCCUUGCAUAAUACACGCAUUUGAAAUAAGAAAAUAUGCCGUUCUUAAAAAUAAUUUAUAAGAAAUUUGAAUUUUUCCGACAUUUACAUUGAUGAAAACUCUUCGAAUAAAAUAUUUUAACUUUUUUUACCGUAAUUCUGCGCUAUUUAGUGAUUAUUAUUAAACUGCUAACAAGAAUCAACUUUUUACACAAAUAUUAAAAAUACUAAGCAUACACACAUUUUUUAUACAAAUCAUUUCACUUAGAAGCUUAUCUUUUUGUAAGAAAAAUAAAAAUAUAAUUACGGCUUACAAAUAAAAAAAAUAUCGCUUUAGAGGCGCGCACAAAUAUCGCUCGUUUUAGGUAAUACAAGCUUUGCUUAAAAAUUUUUAAUAGUACCUAAUAAAGCUAAAGCAUUUUCUAUUGGUCCUCUUGUAAAGUUUCGCGUCAAAGUAAACCAAAAAAAUUGUCAGCUGAUAUUCGCAAGCCUAAUGUAAAUUGCAUUUUAAACACUUGUUUAUCUUGGGAGAAAUGGAAUAAAAACAAUAAACGCAAUCAAGCAUGUUAAGCUCGAUAAAAAUAAAAGAACAUUUUUGACUAUGCUAUAUCAAUUGCGCUAGUGAAAAAACAAAUUGGUCGUCAUACAGACAUAAGUUUCAAAAUGUGCAUGUUUGUAUAUAAUAAAAACAAUACAACUGGGGAGUAAGCGCUACUAUUAAAUAAUGUGAGAAAAAACAAAGUGUAAUAGAUACAAGAUUAUUUGACUGACAUAAAAUACCAAUAAUCAUAUAAAAAGAUUAUAAGAACGGUAAAUAUACGUACUGCUGUAUAACUUUUCUUUAAAGACAAAGAUGGUUAGAAAACUUUUUCGAUAUGAAUAUGAAAAAAAUAGACAUACACAAUAGAUUAUAAAGACGUUAUAUAUUUUGUGAGUAAUAGCGAAUUUACGGCGAGCGCAAAUUUCGAGUCUUACGCUCUCGUAAGAUUUGAGGAGUAAGAUUUUUAUAAAGUAAAUAAAUAAAGCGGUGUAAAUGAUCAUUACAAUAAUUCUUCAAAUUUAUAUAUGGACAAAUAAAGAAAGUUACGUCUUUGCAUUGUGUAAUUGAAAAAUAACCAAUCGAAUCUAUGUUCAAUUUAUUUGGUUACCUAUUCACUGUUUCCAGAUUAUAACAUUAAAAAUAAUGCGAAUUUAAAAAGUUUUGAUCAGACAGAGUAUCAAUAUAAGAAAUGGUUGCGAAUAAAACUAUAGUCUUCCUAUCGAUGCUUAUGGAUGCCGUUGGAUAGCGCGAAAUUUUUUCCAUUAUAUGCUGAAACAAUUUGAAGUCACUUCGAAGAAAGUAAAAACGGUAUAAUGCGAAUCUAUUUGUGGAAAAACGAUGUAUCUUUUGAUUUGUACGUGAAGAUCGAAAUGAGAUAAAAAACAAAUGAUUUAACGAAAUAUCUAGAAUAGAUUUCGUACUUCAUGUUAAGCGAUAUUAUUACUUCUUUAUGUAACAGAACAUCAUGACAAAUGAAAAAAAAAGCUGACGAUAAUAAGA